CCAAAAACUCUUGAAUAACUAAAUCUCUUGUAAACCUCAUUCACGCCAGCUUCACAGCCCUUGUCCAUCCCUCUCUGUUUCUGCUGCCUUUCUCAAUGGCCACUGUCAUCAAAACGCCGCCGUUUCAGGCAGCUCCGACACGUGUACCAUCCACUUGCUCAAAAUCCACAAAUAAACCGUUUUGCCUUUCCUUUAGAAUCAGACAAAAUAGAACCACUACCACCGCCAGAGUCUGUUCUCGGACAGCUUCUCUCCGGUUCAUAAAGUUGGCCCCUUUAGCUUCAACUGGAGAAACCGAAAUAACCGAGACCGAAGAGGAGAUUCAACAACCUCAAGUCGAGGAUUCUACAGAUGGUGCUGUUGGUGUUGAAGAUGUUGCUGACAAUGAUGACACUACUGUUGCAGAGGAAACACAUACUUCUGUCAUUAAUGAGUUGCUCCAAUCAUAUAAAGAAGCAUUGGCAAAUAAUGAUGAUUCUAGAGUUUCUGAGAUAGAAGAUUACUUAAUCACCAUUGAUGGUGAGAAAGUCAAUCUUGAGAGCAAAGUGGCUCAAUUAUCAGAAGAAUUGUUGGUGGAGAAGGAUCGUAUUCUCAGGAUAAGUGCAGACUUUGACAAUUUUCGGAAGAGGACAGAGAGGGAACGCUAUUCACUUGUAUCAAAUGCUCAAGGGGAGGUUGUUGAGAGAUUGUUACUGGUUUUGGAUAAUUUUGAGAGGGCUAAAACCCAAAUUAAAGUGGAAACAGAGCGAGAGGAAAAGAUAAACAACAGCUAUCAAAACAUAUACAAGCAGUUGGUAGAAAUUCUAGGCUCACUUGGUGUUGUUCCUGUGGAGACAAUUGGAAAGCCCUUUGAUCCAUUGCUGCAUGAAGCAAUUUUGCGCGAGAAUUCCUCAGAAUUUGAAGAAGGUGUCAUUAUCGAAGAAUUCCGCAAGGGAUUCAAACUUGGUGACAGGCUUUUACGUCCAUCAAUGGUGAAGGUAUCGGCUGGUCCAGGGCCUGCAAAGCCAGAAGUAGAACCUUCUGAAGGAGAUGAGUAUUCAGGCAAAAUCCUAGAAAACAACACAGCAGAAGUUGAAGCUGAGUCGUCUUAAAGGAGAUAUACAAAAACGUAGAGUUCAGUUAUGUAAAAGCAGCUGUAGUUUCAUGUUUUUAGGUUAAGCUUGUUCCAUAGAUUUCUUGGUGGGUUUGAUGAAUUCUUACUCUAUGCCUCGUUUCAUAAAAAAAUCCCAAUUUGCUUGAGAAUAUAGGCAUCAAUUGGAAGAUAAUUUUGUUUA